CCCCCGGCCGGACAACAUAACAACAACAGGAAGCUGACAUUUGUGCACUGUAGCUUGUAUGCAACUUCACGUAAGCGGUUACCUUCGAAAACGAUUGAGCUUUGCCAGCACAGAGCUGAAUGGAGAAAAAUCGAUUAAUAACUUCACUGACAUCAGGGACGACAGUGGUUCUGGUGAUAGUCAUGGUUUGCGUACUAAAGUUUGCUUGGCUUCUGGAACAGGCAACAGGAUACAAAGCACCACCAGGCAGGAAGCACCCUGUGUGAAUAAAACUAGUGCAAUGCUUCUGCUGUACAGGUACAGUGGUUAUGUCUGCAAAAAGGUAUUUGCACGUCUGCAGGAUCUGAAGGAUCACACUCACAUGAGACGUGAUUUUUUGCAUUCCAGCAGUGAGUGCCACAAAACACUCACUUCCAGUUCUCAUGUGAAGAUGGCCUUGCGUGUGCACUCUGGAGAACGCCCCUACAGCUGUGGCGUUUGCAACAAGUCAUUUACACGGUAUAGUAGUCUGAAGUUACAUUCAAAGAUCCACUCUGAUGAACGCCCCUACCGCUGUGGCGUUUGCGACAAGUCAUUCUCAUUUAACAGCUAUUUGAUCCACCGCUCUAUGGUACACACUGGUGAACGCCCACACACCUGUGGCGUGUGCCACAAGAGCUUCAAGCUAAGUUGUCAUCUGAAGCGACAUUCACAGGUGCACACUGGUGAACGCCCUUACCGCUGUGGCGUGUGCAAUAAGACAUUCGCGCAGAAUAGUACUCUGAAGAUACAUUCAAACCUCCACACAGGUGAACGCCCUUACCACUGUGGCGUAUGCAACAAGUCAUUCGCAUUUAAGAGUAACUUAAUGCAGCAUUCUCAGCUGCACACUGGUGAACGCCCCUACACCUGUGGCAUGUGCAACAAGAGUUUCAAGCUAAAUGGUCAUCUGAAGCGACAUUCACAGCUGCACACUGAUGCACGCCCCUACCGCUGUGGUGUGUGCAACAAGACAUUCAGGCUAAAUUAUCAUCUGAAGCAACAUUCGAAGGUCCACCAUGGUGAACGCCUCUAACGCUGUGUAGUAUGCAACAAGACAUUCACAUAAAAUGGUAGUCCAAAGCAUUAGUGAAAGUUACACAAUGGGGAACAUCCCUGAACUUGUGAUUUGGGUGGAAAGUCAUUUAGGCACCAGGCUGAACAGAUACAACAUUCACAACUCCACAUUGGUGAACAUCCGUAAGUCUUUAAUGUCUAUGAGUAUAAAAACAUUCGUGCAGAGGAGGAACCUCAGGGAGAACUUGUGGCUGCAUUCUGGAACAGACUAUAGAAAUGCAGCAUUUUGUGAAAAGAAAUACAAAUUUAACAGCAGCCUGACGAAACAUCUACUUCUUCAUGAAAGGCAAUCACUAUAUAGUUAUGGUGUGUGAAUGAAGGGAAUUACAAGCAGUCGCAGACUUGAGGAGCACUCACCUUUUCACACAGGAAAGGUCUCAAGCUAUACCUGCGGGUGCAUACUAGUGAAUACUAGUGUUACUGUAACUAGUCUCAUAUGAGGUUCAAGAGCAGCAACUCACAUGCAUGUCUCGAUUCUUAUGACUACGUUGUAAAAAUUAUGUCUGACUGCAGAGCUGGCUUAGGAGUCAGUCUUAGACGUGCUUAGUAUCAGAACAGCAACACCAGUGUAAUCAUAAUAAUUAUAGGACUCACAUCUAUUAAAUGUGUCAUGAGAAUUGUUACAGUGCUACAAUAAUUUGCUGGAACGAUAAAAACCUCAUGAUAAUAUCAACUUCAACUGUAAUCAACAUAUAACUCAAAUGUAAGUAAUUUCCUUCGAGCAGAAUGAUGCCAGAUGGCAUGAUUAUGUAGAGUUCUACCAAGUUCUAUCCAGAUGUCCAACGUUAUGGCAUGGAUACUGUCUACAAAGAAAAGAAUGUCAACAUGCCUUUGUAUGUUACAGAAAUUCUGCAAUUGCAUUAUUGUGGUUAUUAUGAGACACAAAGUGUAGGAAAGUGAUAUGUAUUGAAAUGUGAGAUUCUUGAAGUUUGAGUGUGUGCUCAGUUCCAUCAGCCUUGCUAUUAAUGUAAAUAAUGAAUUCAAAACACACUGCUAGUGUGGGGUUUACUGUUCGAGUAUCAUGUUAGUAUUAAAGUAUUAUCGUUAUGAUAUUAUCAAUAGUUGUUUAACCAUACUCUGUCACUGUUGUGGGUCUAUCUAUUUUAUUAGUGUAUCUUGUAAGUAUGCACCAGGUGCAAUAGAAUCAUGGUGUGUCUGCCUUACUCAUUUUUAUUGAAAUGCCUAAGAGUUAUUAGAUAAAAUAUUGGUUUCCAUAGUUAUGACCAUUAUAUAAUUUAGUCUGAAGUGGUCACCUAUGAUUAAAUGUAUCAUGCUACAAAAAGGGAAACUAGUAAUUGCGAAGUACACAACAUAAAAAAUUCAGAUUGUUACUUACUAUGGACUGUAGAGCCUUAGGCAUUAUAUCUGUCUUUAUAAUUCAAAGACGAAAUCUUGUGCGAAAUAUCAACCAAAUGUAUGAUGGGAUUUUUCUGACCAUCGUUUGUCAGUCAAAUGCUUUUGCUAGGCAUUCGCAAGACCUAAUUACGAAAUCUUAGUGCAAUAUCUGUUCCAUGGUGCAUCGAUCUGUAAACAUUUUUAUCCACUACUCCAUGACAGAGAUGGUGUCAUUUAUGGUAGUUUAAGAAAGUUUUCUUAUUUGGAUCUCUGACUUCUAAUAACUAGGGCAUUCAUGAAAACAAGUGUUUUAACAUGUCCCUACACAUCAAUGAGCUUCAACAAUAACAAAUCUGAUUACAAAUUCGUAUUUUAUUAUAUCCAUGUUGGAUCUUGUGAACUCCAUGACUAUUAAUGAUAGUUACUGAAUAACUCAACCAGCCACAUAUACUUCUUAAUAGGUUUUAUUUUAGUGCCACAACUGGUUUCAUGAUAAUAUUUUCAGUAUGUACUGAUUAACAGCAUGUCAUCUGCUCCUUCACUGCACAAGAAUAUUUAAUAUUUAAUGACACUUUAUAAAUUGUUUCAUUAGUAAAAAUACUCGAAAGUACUUGCGUUUAUUUAGGUAUAAUGUGAAAUAUUUAUAAUCACUCAGAUAAGUAUCAGUAUAUGGCGAUUUGUAUUGUUGUGGUCCAUUUAGCUUUUCAUGUCAAUGUAUAUAUGUUGUUGAAUUGCAAACUACAAAUAUAUUGUAAUUAAAUUACUGUAGCAUAUUUCGUAAUAUUCAUAAUGUCAGUGUUGAAUGUCACGCCCUGGAAAUAUCUGAAGCCAUCUACAGAUGGGUGUGAUAGCCUGAAAAUGGUUAUGUCUCUAAAAUGAAACAUUUUAGGAAUAUAUCCAGCUGUUUGUGGAAUUAACUAACUGUAAAUUAAUGUAAUUUGUAUGUCAUGCAAUAGAUUACUGUUGUCUGUAAUAGUAUUUUCCUGGAAUUUCACUUUAAAAUAACAUCACUAUGGA